GUUGCGUAAAGCGGAAGUAAACAAUCCUCAGCUGACGUGGAGCAGCGGUCGGUCGACCCGGAGCUAAACUGUUUUCCAGAAACUGGUCUCACUGGUUUAGUUGGUGGCUUCAGCCGGAGUGUGGUUCCUCUGAAGCUCCAGGAGCUCUGCUGGCUGCUGCGGAACCGAAACAGUCUUUAAAAGCUCCAUAAUGGCGGCAGCGGAGGACAGCAGGCCGUUCGCCGGGCUGUCCGACGUCUCCAUCUCAGAGGACAUCCCGGUGGAGGGGGACAUCUCGGUGCCCGUCGGCUCCUCCAGGAGAGACGACGAGCUGUCCACGCUGGACGAGCCGGUGAAGGAGACCAUCCUGCGGGACCUGCGGGCCGUGGGCAACAAGUUCGUCCACGUCCUGUACCCGAAGCGGAGCUCCGCGCUGCUGCGGGACUGGGACCUGUGGGGCCCCCUGCUGCUCUGCGUCACCCUGGCUCUGCUGCUGCAGGGAGGAGCCGCCGACAGCGACGACCAGGGAGGACCGCAGUUCGCUGAGGUCUUCGUCAUCAUCUGGUUCGGCUCCAUCAUCAUCACCCUGAACUCCAAGCUGCUGGGCGGCACCAUCUCCUUCUUCCAGAGCCUGUGUGUUCUGGGUUACUGCAUCAUGCCUCUGACGGUGGCCAUGGCCGUCUGCCGGCUUGUCCUGCUCGGCGGUACUGGGAUGGUCAGCUUCGCCGUGAGGCUGGCGGUGGUCACGGCGUCCUUCGGCUGGUCCACCUUCGCCUCCACAGCCUUCCUCACCGACAGCCAGCCGCCCAACCGCAAGGCGCUGGUGGUGUACCCGGUGUUCCUGUUCUACUUUGUGAUCGGCUGGAUGGUCCUGACGUUCUCGCCGUCGCAGUAGAGGACGCCAACAUGGUUUUAGUGGAGAAGAACUCCGACACCAGAAUCUGCCUUUAGGAAGACUACUGAACAGACUCUGUGGGUGCUGAGACAGCAUUUGGACACCAGAACAAACUCUGAGGAGCAGCGGUCGAAGCUACCGACGAACAGUUGAUGAAUAUGUUCUUGUCUUUGUAUAUAGAAAUAGUCGAUGAAUGUUGAACUCCUGAGUCUCUGUGUGAAAUAUUGAAAUACCUGCUGAUGCUUUCCAGCAGCCUCACUAAAACCUUCAGUCUGGGAAACUGUUCAGCGUUUCUCUGAGUGUUUUGGUUUUUAUAGACAGAAGACAGUCGACUCUGACAGAGUAUCAUUUAGGAUUUAGAGUGUUUCCUGCUGGUUUGAACCUCCAGCUUUUUUUUUCUUCCACACAUGAAACUGAACAGUGUCAGAUUUAGUGCAGAUAAGUCCUAAACUGUGUUUUGAAAAUGAAUCCAGUGUGGACAGACGCUGGCAGACAAGAUUUGAGUUUAAUUACAAACUAAGAGCAGUAAUUCACAUUUUCUGAUUUCAUGUUACCCUGUAGACCUGGAACUUUGUACUGAAGCUCAUUUCCACCAGCAAAAGAAAAUUAAAAGUCAAAAUAAGUCAAAAUUCUGAGAUAAAAAUAAAAAUGUUGAAAUAAAGUAAAAAAUAUAAAGGAGAUAUGAAAAAGUCUGCGUUUUGGAAAUAACAGAACUUACUGAGUCAUUAAUUAUUUUUUGAAGUUCACUAAGUUUAAGGAACUAAAAGGUUUAUUAAUCAGAAAUUUGGUAUGAAAAGUUAAAAAAGUUUGAAAUUAUUAGUACCAAAUGCUCUUUUUUAAUUUACACAGUAUUUUUGGCAGACAUUAACAUUAAGUCAUAUUUUUGAAGUUUUAACUUUUUGUCAGAAUUUUCACUUUAACUUCAAUGAGUCCAAAUUUUGACUUUAUGUCAAAGCAGUGAAAUAAAAAGUCAAAACUGUGACAUUAAAUCUAAACUGAGAUGAAAAGAAAACAGAUAAGAGUCCAACCUAUGACUUUAAAAUCUAAAUGUAGAUGUAAUAAAUAACAUGAGAUAAAACCUCAUAGACUGAGAUAAUUUAAAAAAGAUGACAUCAAAAUGAAAAAUGGAUAUAAAAGGUAAAACAAUAACUCAUGAUUCAAAACAAUAAUUCACUCAACAUUAAAAGAAUGAGAUAAAAAGCUGAACAAAAUAAAUCUAAAAUUCAAAAUGAUGAAAAUAAAGUAAAAAAUAGUUCCUUAUUUAGUAAAAUGUUUGACUCAGUAACUUUAAAGUUUUUUAUUAUCUCAGAAUGUUUUCUUGAAUAUUUGAAUUCACUUUCUUUCCUCAUGAUGUUUGUUCUGUAAAUCAGUUUGAACUUCAGUCAUUGAGAAGAAAACUGCAGAAAAUAAUAACAUUCACUUUAUUUUUCAGUUAACAUUGAACCAGCUUCAACAGUAAAACAGGUUCUAAUAAAAGGUCAAACAAAUUAAAGAAUGAAUCUGUGGGUGUUUGGACUCUAUGUUUUGCAUCCCUUCAUUUGGGUAAAUCCGAUGUUUCUGUCUGUCUAUAUGCUGGCAGGUAAAUGAUUAGUCUGAAAAGCAUUUUGGGAAAUGUAGGAGUUCUGUACCUGAGGCUGGUGUCUCUGAGGCAGUGUGAUGUCUGGUUUUAUGGGAUGAAUCAGCUGAUUUCCCAUCUGUGACAACCGUCAUCAUGUCAUAAAUCACCGGCUUUAGUUGUUAAUUUUUGUAAUUUGUGUUUAAUUUUACAUCAGCAAAGGAAAAAAAUAAAAAUCUGUUUGAGCAGCUGUGA